CCGCCAUCUUGGUACUCCCAAAAAAAGCAUGCCGACUGCGUUAAUCGUUAAUUUUGUGGCUGUGAGAAGACAUUCCACAGCAAAUCUCUGGAAGACGAAAGCCUGACGACACGCAGGAAAACUAAACUCUCCGGGACGACUUUACAUCUCUCGACAAGGAAAUGGCCAAUCCGCGCGACGCCGAGGGAUUCCCCGGACACGGAAACGAGUUCCUUCACGCCGAAAACAGCCGCGACAGGAUCUAUAUGGACUACAAUGCCACAACGCCGGUGGCGCCGGAAGUGAUCCAAGCCACCUACGAGGCCUUGCGGGACGCCUGGGGAAACCCGAGUAGCAGUUACGUUGAAGGCACGAAAGCAAAGGCGCUCAUCACUCGGUCGAGAGAGAGCUUGGCGAGAAUGGUCGGCGGCAACCCCGAGGACGUCUUCUUCACCUCGGGCGGAACCGAGUCCAACAACAUGGUGCUCCACAGCGCCAUCGAACAUUUCAGGCGGCAGCACCCCGACGACGGCAGCCUCCCGCACAUCAUCUCCUGCGACGUGGAGCACGACUCGGUUAAGAAGGUGGCCGAGCACCUCAAGGAGGACGGCAGAGCCGAUUUUACCUUCGUGGCUGUUUCCAAAGUGACGGGCCGCGUCGAGGCGGACGACGUGAUCGCCGCCGUGCGCCCGACGACCUGCCUGGUGUCCAUAAUGCUGGCCAACAACGAGACGGGCGUCAUCAUGCCCAUCCGUGAGAUCUCCGAGCGCGUCCGGUCACUGAAGCAACGGGACGAGCGCGCCCGCGUCCUCGUCCACACGGACGCCGCUCAGGCGCUGGGGAAGAUCCCGGUGGACGUCAAGCGGCUGGCUGUGGAUUACCUCACCAUCGUGGGCCACAAGUUUUACGGGCCACGCAUCAGCGCGCUGUACGUGAACGGCCCCGGCGUGAAGACGCCGCUCUAUCCUCUGCUGAUCGGCGGCGGGCAGGAGAAGAACUAUCGCCCCGGUACAGAAAACACACCGAUGAUUGCUGGACUGGGAAAGGCCGCGGAACUGGUGACGGCUCACCUGUCCGACUACGAGAGUCACAUGUUGGACGUAAGAGACUACCUGGAGGAACGCCUCAAGGCCGCCUUCGGAGACAAGCUGCAUUUUAACAACCAUUUCCAGGGCUCCGAUCGCCUGCCCAACACUUGUAACGUGUCCAUCCUGGGUCAAGGGUUACAAGGGUGGCGGGUUUUGUCCCGCUGCAAAAAGCUGCUGGCCAGCGUGGGCGCCGCCUGCCACUCGGACCGCGGCGACAGGCCUUCCCCCAUCCUGCUGAGCUGCGGGGUGACCCCCGAGGUGGCGUCCAACGCCCUGAGGCUGAGCGUGGGCCGCAAGACCAGCAGAGCGGACGUGGACGCGGCCGUGGAAGACCUCCAGGAGGCCGUCAAGCUCCUGGAGCAAGGCCGCUAAAGGCAGGCAGGCCAAAAAUUCAAAUAUUAUAAUAUUUUACAAUUGGUUUUUUUUUUUUUUUUUUUUUUU